CUUGCAAGUUGCGUAGCGCUACGUAGCGCUGUGGCUUGAUCCUGAGAUUAGUGACGAGUGGAGUCUUAGAAUUACCCUGCUGUCCACCUCUCUUGCGCGAGGCGCCAAGACUUGCAACGCCACUAUACUCCCUGGGUGCGAGGAGCAGCACCAGUUCAGCAGGCGGGCAGACGCGUGCUUGUCGUAAAUGGUCCUCCCAGCAGAAAUCGCGACUGCGGCAGAGAACGGAGAUUUGGACGCCGUGAGAGCGUGGCUCGAUGGCAAGCCAGAUGGCGGCCGCGCAUGUAUAAACGAGUACGACGAGUACGGAUGCACCCUGCUCAUCGCCUGCUCAAUGUCUGCGCCCCCCGAUCGACGCGUCGCGCUAGCUCGUCUGCUUUUGGAGCGUGGCGCCGACGUGAACCGAUGCGCUAGUGAUUCGCACAACGACCAUAUGGGGCGAUGCUCUCCGUUGCAUGCGGCCUCUACUGAUGCGAUUCCCAAUCGAGACAUGCUCGACCUCCUGCUAGCGGCGGGAGGGAACGUGAAGGCGAGGACAUCGGGCGGCGGCAGCGGCUAUAUUGAGACGCCGCUCGGGAGACUCCUCAGGACGGUGAGAUCUAUGAAUCACGUCUACGGCCCAGUACGGAACUUUCCGUCGAAGGUCGCUGCACUUUUGCGCGCCGGGGCGGAGUUGGACGACAUUUGUGUGCGGGCGGUAUCUGGUGCCUCAUACAUGUCAGCCGAAAAUCUUCUCCGGCAAUUUUGGCAAUUUAUUAACUCUAUCCCCGGGGCGAACCCAACUGUCAUCGCCGAGACGAAAGAAAAGUGCAUCGAGUGCAAGAAGAUGAUCACCGGCGUGCGCGCCGCGGGCAGCUGGAAGGCCUACAUUCGCCGGCCGCACAAGGACGUCUGCGCUGUGCGCGGCCUCGUGACGAAGGGCUUCCUCGCGCCCCCCGGCGGCGGGAGCAAGUACGAACGGGCCAUCGCGUUCGUCGCCAAACAGGGCGACAACGGGAUCGUCUGGAAGGUGCUGUCGUACUGGCGCGCGGACAAGUAGUCGGCCCGCCGCGGGAGAGGCGUCUCUGUGUAAGUUGGUGAAUG